AUGGAUGCGUACUACUGCAACGGCGGCGAGAUCGAGCUAGUGACGUACAAGACUCACCUUGACGACGGCGACUGGACGGGCGCCGGCGGCAACCCCGCGCUGCAAAAGCUCGCCAUGGACACGCUUGUGAGCAACGCCGCCCCCGCCGCACUGGCAAAGGCGCUGAACACGAUGAGGACCCGCCCAGCAAGUUUUGGCCAGAUGGCCCCUGAUGACGGCUAUGCUGUCCGCUGGGUCCCAGACAGCAGCUUUGUGUCGCCUUGCGAUGUACGCACCACGCUGACGCUGACUGGCAUCAUAGUGUAUGCACCCAGCUGCACUCGCCAGCUGGUGACGGCCUACUUAGCCGCAUUGAAAAGCAAGCUUCCAAGUGACGUGGUGACCAGUGUGGUCAGCGCCGUGCAUGUCUCCAGCGGCUGCCGGGUGGUGACUUCCAGUGCGUAUCCUGGCAGCCAGCAGGGGGCGGCGAUGGAUCUGGCAGGCCGCCUGGUCCCCUCAAAUUACCCUCUUAAUGGCACUGCCUUUGGUGCCGGCAGCAAGACCCCCGUAUUCUUUGCGGAGGGUGCUGCCGCCACCGGCCAGCAGCGCGGCAUGGUGACUGCAAGGCACCUGCUGCUGGACGCAGCCGCCGCCAUGAGCCCUACCACCGGCAAGGCGUCAGCGACACCCAUCCCAGGCAGCGCAUUUGCCAAGUAUGAGUAUGAGCUGCAGCCAGUCAACUGUGCGCCGGGGAAGAGUUGUCCAACCCUGACCUUCACCUUUGCCACGGCUGAUGCCUACUUCUCUGGCCUGUCUCCUGGCACAACGUACAAUGUCACCGUGGAGGGCAUCAGCAAGACGGGGCAGCGGACAGCAGGGCAGAACACGCUGCAGUUCACCACGCCAUCCAGCGUGCACCUGGAGUCGGCACAAGCCACCAGCUCCACCACCGCCACUGCCACUGCCACCACACAGCCAGCAGGAGCCUUCCCUCAGUACAUGUUCUCUUUGAGGAAAUUGGGUUGCAUUACAUGCAAGUCCCUCAACUUCCCUAGCAGCACCGCCACGGUCAAGCUGCAUGGACUAGAGCCUGGGGCCUUGUACAAUGUCACCGUGGAGGGCAUCAGCAAGACUGGGCAGCGGACCCCAGGGGACAACAUGCUGCAGCUGACCAUGCCUGCGGGCCUGCGUCUCACUCAGGCGAAGGCCACAGGAUACACAACCGGCACCGCCACCGCCCGCGCCCUGCCCAGCGAUGCCUUCACCAAGUUCGUGUUCACCGUGACAAAAGCCAGGUGCACCGUGCCGCCAUGCCCAGCGCUGACCUUUACGAGCAGGGCACCCAGCGCUCAGCUGACUGGGCUGGAGCCCGGAACCAAGUACAAUGUGACUGUACUGGGCGUGACCAAGACAGGGCAGCGCACCAAAGGGGCCAACAUGAUGCAGCUCACGACAUACAUGUUCACGGUGAAGAAAGCAUUGUGCCCCGGCUGUCCAAAGCUGGAGUUCAAUAGCAGCACACGAAUGGGUACCUUCACCAGCUUGGCGCCCAACACGGCGUACACUGUGACCGUGGCGGGCGUGGACAAGAAUGGCCGGCGCACGCAGGGCAGCAACAGUCUGCAGUUUAAGACGCCGACCAAGUCUGGCCCACCCCCCCCUCCCACGCCCACCCUGAAGCUGACGUCUGCUAGGGCCACCACUCCGACCACCGCCAUUGCUACUGCGUCCCCACAGCCACCUGGCGCCUUUGUGAAGUACAAUGUGACGGUGGCUGGCAUGGACAAGAGCGGGCGCAAGACGCAGGGCAUCAACAUGUUGCAGUUCAAGACGCUGGAUGCCCAGCGCCCUCCACCACGUCCGACUCCUGCUCCAGGAUUGAACUUGACAGAAGCGCGCGGCCUCAACCCAACCAGGGGCAUGGCAAGAGUGUCCGAGAAGCCAGCAGGCUAUUUUGCCCAGUUCAUCUUCACGGUGAAGAAAGCGGCUUGCCCCAGCUGUCCUGCGCUGCACUUCACCAGCAACACCACCCUGGGUGUAUUCUCGGGGCUGACACCCAACACCACGUACCAGGUGACAGUCGUCGGCGUGGACAAGCGGGGCCAGAGGACGCCGGGCAGCAACGCGCUGCAAUUCAGGACACCGGCAAGCGGAUUCCUUCGCACGCCCCCCUCACCUCCGCCUGUGCCCCCCAAGAGCCUGAGGCUGAUUUCUGCUGAUGCCACCUCGCCCACCAGCGGCACAGCCACUGCACAACCACAGCCAGCGGGCGCAUUUGUGAAGUACAUCUUCACGCUGCAAGAGGUGGCAUGCCCCACCUGCGAGCCUCUGGCGUUCAAUAGCACCACCAGCGUGGGCAUAUUCACGGGGUUGAAACCCAACACCAAGUACAAAGUGACGGUGGUUGGGCAGGACAGUACUGGAGGCACCACAGCUGGAAGCAACAUGGUCUCGUUGACCACCCAGCCCUUCAGCAAGGGCCCCUCCAUCAACGGCACCGAGUCGGUCACCGCCACCAGCGGCAUCAUCGACCUCCUGCCGCCCUCCGGGCUGACCUGCGCGCGCUUCAUCGUCGAGAUGUGCCCCAUGCCCCGCACGUACAAUGUGACGGUGAAUGGCGUGGACACGUCUGGGAGCACCAUCACGGGUAGCGGCAUGGCGCAGCUGACGACGCAAGUGGCAUCCCCACCCGUGCCGCCUCCCAGUGGCAUCUGCCCAGGCUACCAGCAGCACCUCCGGCACGGCCACGGCCACAGCCCCAGCAGGUGGAAGCUUCACAGAGUACACUUUCACGGCACGACCUUUGUCCGGCGGGCCUAA